CUCAUCCUCCGGGAGCGGGUGGCAGGAUUGCGGCACUGGCUCCCAGCACUGCCCUGGCACUGCUUGGUGCUGCCAGCUCCUCUGGCUGCAACUAAACAACAAAUGCAUUUAUUGGGACAAAUAACCCAUUGCCGGAAUCCAGGCACAGAUUCCCGUCCCGGUCGGUGCUGGCAGUGCCGCCGCAGCAGCGCUCAGGUUGGGCAAGAGUUUAAGGGAAGCUCCUGGGGGUGGCUGGGCUGCAGGGCUGGAUCCUGCACAAGCCCCAGCUCGCUGUCCCAGCCCGCAUCAAAGCCACCACGGCCGGUCCGUCCUGUCCCGCUCUUCCUCGAGUUCCUGGCCCAGCACCCCAAAACAAUCCCAGCACCCCAGAACAACCUCAGCACCCACAAACAGCCCCGAGGUGGGGCAGGCUUGGUGAUGUGCAGCUCUUCCAGCAGCCAACAGGGGUGGAAGUCCCUCAUCCCAACUAGUCCAUGGUGCAUCCAAGGAUGGUCUGGAUUCUCCAUUCAGAGCAAAUUAAGGAGAUCAGAAGGACUUCAUCCGAUCUGCAGGAUGGCCAGGAGCUCCUCACGGGAACAUACGAGGAAUAAAAUGUAAAUUCUGCCUUAAAGCCACCGGCUGCUGGAUUCCAGCUUUGUGGAGCAGGGAGAAGCUCACCCGGCAGCAGGAACUCGCAUCCCUGUGGAUGCUGCCACUGAAACCUGGGGCUGAGCACAGGAGGCUGCUGUGGUAACUCCAGCAUGGAUUCAUCCGGGAUAGCUCUUUCCAUGCGGGAAGUUUGCCAGGCAGAAGCAGUGAGGUCGGCAUUGUGCCAGUACUGGGAGGAGGAAGCGCUGGGGAAUAUUUCCCAUCGUCGGGUUGGACGUUGCUGCUGGAGACGGCUUCGGCUGCUUCCCACCGCGUGGCACAGACGAAGCCCGGCUUUUCCCGCGCCACAAACCCCUCCCGAAGCUGAAGCGAAGCGAGUCUGAAAUGUCGGAAGCGCGGCCGCCUCGCUGGAGCCUCGGCAAUGAAUGGGCACUCGCUGCCGGCCGGCACGCCAGCGCAUCCCCGGGGCUGGCAUGAGUUCUGCGAGCUGCACGCCAUCAGCACCGCCAAGGAGCUGGCGCGGCACUACCUGCGCUUCGCCACCGAGCACCCGCACCAUGACCUCCUGGCCGCCGAGAACUUCUCGGUGCAGUUCACCGACCUCUUCCAGCAGUACUUCUGCCACGAGGUGAAGGAGGGCAUCGCCAUGAACCAGCUCCGCAUCCUGCCCGCCGGCCCGGCGCGGGAUUACCGGGACACGCACCGGCGGCACACCGACGCUUCCCUGGGCACGGUGGCCACCAAAGCGGAGACGGAGCCCGGUGCCCGCCCUGAACAACCCGUCCGAGCCCCCGAGGCUGCUCCCUCGGGGCUGCGCAAGUCCUGGAGCUCGGAGGAGCUGGCGGGGCCGGCACGGAGACCCUUCUCGCUCAGCCAGCUGCGCAGGAGCUGGCGCAGCCUCUUCCGCCGCCGCUCCUCGGACGCGCUCCCCGGGGAUGGCGAUGGGGAGGCGGCGGAGGCGGCUCUCAAGCCGGGACUGGGGAAGCGCAUCCUGCCGUGGGGGCUGUCGCGGGAGCAGCCCCCAGAGGUGCGCAAGGAGGGGCUCCUCAAGUACGGGCUGCUGGAUGAGAAUUCCCUGGACAGCGGGACGCGCUGGCAGCGCUGCCGCCUGGUGCUGCGGAGAGCGGGGCCGCCCGACGCCGAGGAGUUUGUGCUGGAGCUCUUCGACCCGCCCAAGGGCUCCAAACCCAAGCUGCUCAUCGCCUGCUCCGCCGUGCAGGAGGUGCGGAGGUGCACACGCCUCGAGAUGCCCGACAACCUCCACACCUUCGUCCUCAAGGUCACCAACGCCACCGACAUCCUGUUUGAGGCAGGGGAUGAGCAGCAGCUCAGCUGCUGGACGGCCGAGAUCCGGGAGUGUGUGCACAGGGGCAGGUCUGACACGGGUGACCCUGAGCUCCUGACGUGCCGACACCCCGACCCUACGGCCGCCAGCCCCACCAGCAGCACCGACCCCCUCAGCCAAGGGGCGACGCCGGGGGGCCCGGGGGAGGCGGCGGGGCCGAAGAUGGAGCAGUUCCUCUCCUCCUGCCCCUGGUUCCACGGGCCCAUCUCCCGUGUGAAGGCGGCUCAGCUGGUGCAGCUGCGGGGGCUGGAGGGCCACGGCGUGUUCCUGGUGCGGCAGAGCGAGACGCGCCGCGGCGAGUACGUGCUCACCUUCAACUUCCAGGGCAGAGCCAAGCACCUGCGGCUGGCGCUGACGGAGCGGGGCCAGUGCCGUGUCCAGCACCUGCGCUUCUCCUCCAUCGUGGAGAUGCUGCAGCACUUCCACCGCUACCCCAUCCCGCUGGAAUGCGGCACCGCCUGCGAUGUGCGGCUCUCCAGCUACGUCGUGGUCCUGCCCCAGGCACAAGCUCCCGGCUCCAGCACCACGGUCCCGCUCCCCCUGCCCUUUCCCGGCUGGAGCCCCGAGUUCAGCCUCAUCCCCGCCGGCUCCUCCUGCCCACACGGCCCCGAUGAGCCCCCCGGGGGUCCCCAAGCAGAGCAGAUCUUCCACCUGGUGCCACCACCGGCCGAGCUGGCACAGAGCCUGCGCCCGGCCAGGGCCACCACGGCCACCACGGCCACCACGGCCACCACGGCCCGGCCCCGCGACUCGGACUAUGAGGUGGAGGCACCGGGCCGGGGCCACGUCCGUGCCAUCGACAACCAGUACACACCACUCUGACCAGCACCACGGCGGCACUGGGAUGCACUUUCGGGUGGAGAAAUCCUGGAGACCUUCUGGGGCAUCCAUCGAGAGAAAGAAUGUACCUGUUUCUUCCUUCUGGUUAGGGAUUAUUAUUGUAUUUUUUUGCAAGGAAGGGGGUAAUUUUUCACUCCUGUACGGGUGUGCUCCCUCUCGUUGGCCUGUUAAAGGGCCUCUUAUUGUUGUUUUUGUUGUUCUUAUCGGAGCUUUCUCGUUACUGUUUACACAACGCCGCUUGUGCCCGGUGUCCCGCCUGUCCCUGACACGACAGCGCCCAGCUGAGGAACCAGGGGCUUGUGUUACACCCAAGGAAUUGGAGAAAGUUUAAAAAAAAUCCAGGAUAACAAGGAAAAAAGGAUUAUAAAUUCAUUGUCAAGUUGCUGCUCCAGGCCUCGUCCUCCCACCCUGGCUGCUGAACCCACCAGCAAAGCCCGACCUGAGCUGAGCUCCCACGAAGGGUGAUGAGCAGGGUUUGGGCUUUUUUUAUUUUUUUUUAGCUAAGGCAAAAACUGGCUUUUUCCUGCUUUUCCUUUUUAACCUCCCUGUGCCAGCCAGAGGGAUCCUCACCCUGCUCUGAUCGAGACUGAACACUAAUUGCUCCAUCCUCAGCCAUGGCACCAGAACUAACACAGAGACUGACACAAACCCCUCCUGCUGGCGAGGGAGGGGUUUAUCCCCUUUAUCCUGGUGAUGGAUGUGUCCUAUCCCAGUGAUGGAGGUUUUUUAUCCCUGUGCUGAAUGGGUUUUUAUCCUGGUGAUGAAGGUGUUUUAAUCCUGGUGAAAGAACUGUUCUAUCCUGGUGAUGGAACAGUUUUAUCCCAGUGAUGGGACCAUUUUAUCCCAGUGGUUUUAGGCACAAAUCUAAAGUCAGUUUUCCCCCUAAGAACCCCCCUACUCUUGCUUGCCUUUUUCCCCCCAAACCACCCCAUCACCAGGAGCUUGGUGGCAUUUAAAGCUCCACAGUGGCCUCUAGCAGGCGAUGGGGGGCCCUGGGGACACCUCCUCACCUGGAGGAAAAACUUGUCCAGACCCCUGGGUCUCAGCAUCCCCUGAUCCCCAAAUGUCCCCAAACUCUGCUGCUGUUCUGGGGCUGCUUCACCUGCCUGGGGCAGCCGUGAGAGAGGAAGCACUUGUGAGAAGCUGGUGUUAUUUUAGGAAAGAGGAAGGGCUGGAGCCGUUGCGCCACACAGGAGGGGAUGUUCACAGCAUUCAACUUCCAGAUUUCCCAGCCCAGCCUUCCCUGGGAUUUUGGAUGUAAAACUUGCCUUGAGAUUGCCUUACAGAAAGCUUUUUAAAUUUCUAUUUCCCUUGAAAUUGCAAUACAGGUGGGAGCCCUCAGGAGCAUUAAUAUUUAGCAAUUAAUUUGAAAACAAAGCCUCGUUGGGCUGAGUUAGAGAAUUCCACAAAAAUCCAGCCUCUAGGACAGGCUUUGGGGUGAAGCAGGUUCUGGGUGAGUUGAAGGGCAAAGCCAAAAUAUCUGGGGCCAAACAGCCCAGGAAGCAGCCACGAGAACAAAUCUGGGUUUAUAAAUCAAAAUAUGAGGCUGGGACAAACAGGAACCAUCAACUGGAGAAACCAUUUAGGUUUUCCUUCUGUGCCUCCCCAUUGCUUGCUCUUGCUCUCUCCUGGGCUCUGUGCAUUUAGAGCAGGCAAAGGGAUUUUUUUUCCCCCCUUUCUCUACUCUUGUGCCUGAAAUUGGAGCAUUAAGAGCAAACUGCUCUGGUCCUGCAGCACUGGCAGCCCCGGAGAGGCUGAUGGAGGAACAAAGGCAGCCCUGUCCUCGCUGGGCUCCUCAGCUGUAUCCGCAUCCCAUUCUCCUCCCUGGAGCUGCACAAAGGCUGCAGCCAGAGGCAGGAGCACAUCCCCAGGGCUGGCUUGUGCCAGGCAAGGCAGCUCCUCCGAGGCUCAUAAAUAACUCCCCGUGCUCCUGCAUUUAUAGGGAUGGGGAAAGGAAGGGGGGAUGGCACAGCACAAGUUGUUUCCGUUCCUCGCUUGCUGCCUGCUUCCCAAAGCCUUGGAAAACACAAGGAUGUGCUAAAUCUUGCUAAGAUUCCUGGUUUUAGUCCCACUGAGCUCCAGGCAGCUGCAUUCAAAGGGGUUUUCCCCCAAAAGGAGAGGUGGAAUCACCCGAGCCUCCCUCCAUCUGCAAAGAAAGGAUGGGCUGGGAAAAGGCAGCGCUAUUCACAUCCCUUGCCAGAUGAAUCCAGAGAAAUCCUUGCCAGAUAAAUCAGAUGCUGCUGGGGUGGGUUGUUUUGGCACGCCAGGACUUUAUUGUUCCAGUGCCAGAACUGAAACAUGCGUGUGCAUGUGGUAUUUUUAACCUGCAGUUUAAUUGCAAGGGGGCUCUCCGCAGUUUAAAUGGAAAUUGCUGUGCUUGAUUAGUAAAAUACACGUUGGGUUCAUUAUCUCCCUGUCAGCCACUUCCCCCAUGCAAACAAACUCCAGUGGGGAAGAACUCCUAUUCUCCCCACCAGUGAGCAGUGGCAGAGCCCCUCUGAUUAUUUAAUAGUUAAUUCCAGCCCCAGACUCACCACAGGCAGCGAGGGCUGUCCAGCUCUCCUCAUUUCAGAUCCACUGCAGCAGGUCCUGAGGGGAUUUUUGGGUUAUUUCCCAAGCUCCUGGGGGGACUGAGAUUGAAAUCCCAUUUCUCCUAGAAAACAUCUGGCUUGUGACACAGGUCAGAGCCUGACUCUGCUCCUGGCAGCAUGUUCCUCCAGCCCUAAGGUACUCACUCCUCUGCAUUGUAGCAGUGGGAAAAGAGCAUUAAGCCAUUCCACCCUAUGGUAUAGAAGUAUUUGGCAGGAUUUUAAUAUUUUUGUGACUUGAGAGAAGAAGGCAGGUUUAGUUCCCCAGCCCCUGUGGGCUUUUACUGGAAUUUAUGGGAAUUUUGGGAGGAGGGGAAGCCAAGGGAGAGCCCCUGGGUGGCUCUGUGGAGGCACAACCUCCUCAGAAAUAAAAUCAGGAGUGGCCACCAGCCUGUGCCUUGGCCCUGGAGAUGGGCACCAGAGUCUGGAUCCCACCUAACAAAGCCAGGAGCCACAGGAGCAGCUCCUGGAGGAUGGGGAGCCCCAUUUCACCCAGCUACUCAGGACAGUUUUUAGCAAUAAAGAUGAAAACCAGGCAGUGCCUUUGCUCUGUGACAGCAGGGAUUCGCUUUAGGGCACAAUCCAAGAUUUGGGCCCGGCCAGAAUCCCUCCCCCUCCUCUUCCCCUUGCUGUUUGCUUGGUGGCCUUGGUGUCCCCUGGGGUGUCAGGUUGUGAAGGAGCUCCUGGCAUCAAGCAUUAGUUGGUGUCUCCCUCCCUCAUCCCACCAGCACCAGCAGGUACCAAACACUGACACCACCAUUCCCCACCCACCCCUUUGGGCUGAUGAUUUUUUGGGGUGAAACCUCUAGGAAAAGAUCCAGGGAGUGGCCAAAACUUCUCAUCCCUCAUCUGGACCACCAAACCCCGGUGCCAUCCAGCAUUCCAAACUUUUAGCUUUGAUCCAAACAGCCCCAACAUUCCCCAGCAGCUCCCAGAGGCAGGGAGGCAACUGUGUAUUCCCUAACUCAGCCUUGAGCAGGACGAUUAAAGCCAACAAUUGUGUUGGGAGUGUAUUAAUUUGAAAGUUCUACUUUUCACCUGCACAGAAAAGUUCUUCUUGUAUAGUAAUUUUUUUUCUAUAUAUUGUUUCUGUAUGUACUGUACAAGUAACUUAUUCUUGAAUAAUGCAAUUUUACCGUAAUAUUAAAAAAAAA